AUGUAAUAUGUGUAAUAGUAAUAUUAUGGAACAACAUGUAGAAAAUGUUAUCCAGUCAGAUAAACAAAAAUUGUUUAGACGACGUGUUCAGCUCGUGACAGAAAUGGCUAAAAUAGGUUUGAGUGAUGAAAAAAAGUGUCUAAUGAGAAAAAUGUUAUCUCAAAAAGAAUUAAAACACAUACGUCUUACACGAGCAAAAAUAGACAAAUCAAUGUUUACAAAAAUCAAACCAAUUGGAGUUGGUGCUUUUAUUGGUGAGGUUACAUUAGUUAAUAAAAUAGAUACAAAUCAUUUAUAUGCCAUGAAAACAUUGAAAAAAGCACAUGUACUUAAGCAUAAUCAAGUUACCCAUGUAAAAGCUGAAAGGCAUAUACUUGAAGAAGCCGAUAAUGAGUGGGUUGUUAAACUAUACUAUUCGUUUCAAAAUAAAGAUCAUUUAUACUUUGUUAUGAAUUAUAUACCAGGUGGAGAUUUAAUGUCAUUGUUAAUCAAAUUGGGAAUAUUUGAAAAACAUUUGGCUAGGUUUUAUAUUGCUGAAUUGACUUGUGCUGUAGAAAGUGUGCAUAAAAUGGGUUUUAUCCAUCGAGACAUAAAGCCAGAUAAUAUAUUGAUUGAUAGAGAUGGUCACAUUAAACUCACUGACUUUGGAUUGUGUACUGGGUUUAGAUGGACUCAUAAUUCAAAAUAUUACCAAGAUGGUGAGAACUGUAAACAAGACUUAAUGGGUGGUGGUGAAGAGUGGGGUGUAAAUGGUGUAGAGUGUAGAUGUCACCAGUUAAAACCUUUAGAGAGGCGAUGUCGGCGAGAACAUCAAAGGUGUGAAGCUCAUUCUUUGGUUGGGACACCAAACUAUAUUGCCCCCGAAGUAUUGCUUCAAACUGGUUAUACACAGUUAUGUGAUUGGUGGAGUGUAGGAGUCAUUCUUUAUGAGAUGUUGGUUGGAUCACCUCCAUUUCUUGCCAACACCCCCUCGGAGACUCAAUACAAGGUUAUACAUUGGGAAAAUACUCUUCAAAUACCAGCAUCUAUUAAUCUAUCACCGAAAGGUGCUAAUCUUAUACUAAAGUUGUGCAUUUGUAAAGACCGCUUGGGUAAGAAUGCUGAUGAAGUCAAAAUUCAUCCUUUCUUCCAAGACAUAGAUUUUAAGAGAGGAAUGAGGCGUCAUAAUCCUCCACAUGUACCACUCAUACAAUUUUCAACUGACACAUCUAACUUUAAUCCUAUUGAUCCAGAACGUCUCCAAAACUCUGAUUCAUCUGAUCCAGAUAAUAAUAGUUCUGAUUCGGAUCCAUUUCACGGAUUUUUUGAGUUCACCUUCAGGCGUUUUUUUGAUGAUGGCGAUGAUCCAUCAUUCCAAGUUAGUCUGGAUGAUAAUGAUGGUGAAGGCGCUGUUUAUGUUUGAACUUGGAAAAUUGUGUGAUGGUUGAACUUUUGGUAUAUGUGGGGACAUUAAUGAAUGCUCAAUGAAAGACAUUUUAAUAGUUUACCUGCUUAUUAUAGGUCAAUUUUUUUUUUAAUACUAUAGAUAAAGUAUAUAAUAUGUCUUAUACCUAUACUGACAUACCGUUUCCGCUCAGAAUCAUUUUUCAUAAACAAAGAUAUUCUAUUAUUGAAUUAGAAUUUAACAGCAUUCAUUACAGUCACUCACAUGUAACCUACUUUACAGCAGAACGACACCGACCUACCAACUUUUUUUUUUAUUAAUUUUAACACACAUUUUUAUUCUAGCUCUAGCAUUAGCGAAAUUGUCAAUUAUGUUUUCCUCUAUCUACUUUAUCAGUUCUACUUAUUUCUAUAUUGAGAAUAGACAUAUUACUAAGUCUAUUUUGAGACAUUGAGUUUCUUAAAUAAUUUUUAAUGAGUUUCAAAUUUGAAAAUGAGCUCUCAGCCAAGGCCACAGUUACUGGAAUCGUAAGAAAUAUUAAACAUGCAGUUUACACAUCUGGAAAAC